ACCCAGAGCCGGCACUGCGGUUUUCCUUUUUCCCGUCAUUUUUUUCAUAGCAGCAUAAAAAAGCAAAGUACACCCAAAAGGAAUGAAUAAAUAAAUCAAAAGAAACAGAAGAGAGAUUUGCGUACAAUUUCUACAGUAAAGACUGCAAUCGAAAACGACUGCUCAUUCUCUCUCUUCUCUUUACCGUUACAAAGAAAGAAAGAAAAAACUCUGAAGGAAAAAAUAAAACCCAAAAAAAAUAUUCGCAUCAUCUCUCAAUCUCAAUCUCUUUCAAAAGAGUUUGGUGGCGGGUGGCGGAUCUUGGGUCGUCUCGAUUAGGUGAUUAGAUUGGGGAAAAUGAGAGGAAAGGGAGGUGCAAAUGGUAACUGCUUCGUUUUGAGCACCGGGGCAAGGAUUCCUGCUAUUGGGCUCGGUACAUGGCAAUCUGGAGGAGAUAUUUGCGUCGAAGCUGUGUCUACUGCGUUAAAGGUUGGAUAUCGCCAUAUAGAUUGUGCUCAUUUGUAUGAAAAUGAAGCAGAGGUGGGAAAAGCAUUGGCUGAGGCUUUUAGCGGUGGUCUUAAGAGAGAAGAUGUUUUCUUGACAUCGAAACUCUAUUUCGCUACAAAUUCUCAAAAGAGGAUUGAGAACUCCGUUAGAGUUUCUUUGAAGAACCUCGGUGUGUCGUAUUUAGACUUGUAUCUUGUGCAUUGGAGCGAGAGUUCAGCGUUUGGAGAUGCUACUGAUCCUCCGUGGAAUUCGGGGAGUGAUUAUAGACAGUUUUUGCAACGUUUGAAACCGACUUGGAAAGCGAUGGAGGAUCUUGUGGAGAUGGGUUUGGUUCGUGCUAUUGGCGUAAGCAAUUUCAGUGUUCAGCAAAUUGAGGAGCUGCUUCAAACAAUGAAAGGGAGAUAUUCCCAGAGAUUAUCAAAUCAAUUAUUGGAAAGACUAAGUUCAGACAAUGAGAACUACACUGUUACAAAACUUAUCGAAGCUAUUGAAGGUGAUUCACAGGAAUACUCACAGUGUGAACACCUUAUGAAGGCUUCGGAAGCAACAAUUUAUGAUGUUGUAUAUUUCGAUGCUCUAUGA